AACAUGAGCAGUGCGAGGGUGUGAGAGUGUGCAGUGUUUGCGAGUGCGAACAACAGGGCUUCGGCUACGGCACGCUAAUUUAUAUUUAUGAAUAUCAUGCUUCGUUGCGGUUUAAUAAUUGUCUUAUUGCUACUGUGCUUCCCUGUUUACGAUGCGAGGAAUCACCGCCUGUCACUUACGAAUGAACCUCGAAGGUUUUUCACAGUCACAACGUUCGGGUUUUUCGUUGGAGGAAACCUGAACGUCGAAGUCGAAAAGCUGUCGUUCUUUCCUAAGUCUAACAAGGUUGGCUUUAGCCUCACGAGAACAGCUACAGACAGCGUGAAUCCAUAUCCUGAUGGCCGCAUCGAAGGGUGUCCCCUGGAUGAAGUCAAAGAAGACAUGUACGUCUUGACCUUGGCAUUACGGCAAAAUAGGAAUUUAAGCGAUGAGCUUGUGCUCUUAUGCAACCAAAACUUCAGCGAAUUAACCAUAAGUCACGUUGAGAACUGGAAGCCACAACUUCGUACCCCUCGGCAAACCGGUGUGCACGAAAACUACAGGUCAAUACGGAGCAUUCCUGGUGAACCGUCCGAUGUGGAGCAGAAAGUCGCACAGCCUGUGAUAGACAAUAACACUCGUGUGGCUACUUCUGCGAAAGCGCUUCCAAAACAGAGCAGUGGGAAGUGCCCCAAUGUUGUGAUUCCCUUGCAGAAGAUAAUUCAAGUGGACGGAACCAUUGUGUACAGCUUCCAGUUCUCUAUAGACAUCGAAAGGAAGGAAUAUGAGGGCUUGUAUAGCCUUUAUUUUCACAAUUGCUAUCACAGCUUUGCUGAGAUGAUGAACAGCUCAGCAAAUUUGUCCCUGACAAUCUCUGAGAAGAACGACGGGAGCUUCCUCUCAGCUGGCGAAAUCCCCUUGCCACAGGUGUACUUCCUUAUGUCAAUAUCAUUCUUUGCUGCUGGAUGUUACUGGAUUCAUACUCUGCGUCAGAGAAGGCAAGACACCUUCAAAAUUCACUACCUUAUGGGGCUCCUCGUCUUUGUCAAGUCCUGUUCUCUCCUCUUCCACGGGGUGAACUUCUAUUUUAUCUCCAAGGAUGGAUCUCCUAUUGAGGCCUGGGCCGUAAUGUUCUACAUUACUCACCUACUGAAGGGGGCAUUGCUGUUCAUAACAAUUGUGCUCAUCGGAACCGGUUGGGCAUUCAUUAAGCACAUUCUCAGCGACAAAGAUAAGAAGAUAUUUAUGAUCGUCAUACCCCUGCAGUUAUUGGCCAAUGUUGCUCAAAUUAUCAUGGAAGAGAGCGAGGAGGGAGAGUCGCAGCACACAACGUGGCGGGAAGUUUUCAUUCUAGUCGACCUGCUGUGCUGCGGGGCAAUCCUGUUUCCCGUCGUGUGGUCAAUCCGCCACCUUCAGGAAGCUUCACAGACUGACGGAAAGGCUGCAAUCAACCUCGAAAAGCUGAAGCUCUUUAGGCAUUUCUAUGUGAUGAUUGUCUGCUACAUCUACUUCACAAGGAUCAUUGUGUUUCUGCUGAAGAUCACCGUGCCAUUCCGCUAUGAGUGGUUAGAUGAGCUCUUCAGGGAGGGAGCUACCAUGGUUUUCUUCAUUCUCACGGGUUACAAAUUCCGACCCACACCUACAAAUCCUUACUUCCGUCUCAACCAAGAGGAAGAAGAAAUGGAAGAAGUCCUCACAACGACGGGACUGACAGAAACAACGUGCAAGACCCUGCGCAACAGGGACCUACACGACGGCUCGGCGGCGGCCAAGCGUGAGAGUAGUCACGAAUACGAUUAAAAGAUGCACAAAGCGCUUCACUUUCUAGGACGUGCAGAGAACUGGCGCAAAUUGAUUUCCGUACCAAUUAUACAACCUUUCGGCAUGUGGUUAUCAACAUAAGACUGCUGUGAGGCACACACAAGCUGUUUAGAUCUCCACGCAAGAUAUAUUUUCUGUGCACAUAAAUCUGCCAUGCUUUAACGGAACACUUUUGUCGUCGUAAAUUUCUCAGUAUGCCAUCACGAAAGCGAGAAAUGAGAAGGGUCUAGUAAAACAUCUCGACCCCGACAGUAUAGCAAACGUCAGUUACUGGAAACAGUGGAGCACUUGUCACUUUUUAUUUAUGUACAUGCAUCGUGAAGGUAAGCUGGCCUUGAAGUGCACGAAAGACAUGACAGUGUCUGUGUCCGCGCUUCGUGAUGUAAAGAAAGAGUGUGUUUUUAACUUAUGUGUUAUGCUUUUACAUAGUGACUCAUCAUACCGAAAGCAAUUUGGUUUCUGGAGGAUUGCAGGGCUAGAAGCAUGUAAAUAUAUUUGAGGUAUUGGUGGUACAGGUGAGCUGAUUGAGAAAGUCCCAUUGUACAGGUUGUUGAGUGACGAAUAGCCUACGUUAUUUUCUCUGUUUUUGCUCCUCAUUGUGUUUGUAAGGAACCAUUUUUCAGUAGCAGCCUGAUGUGGUUCACAUAUUCCAAGUUUGACAUGCACACGAGUGAUAGUCAGUGAACAUAACUGAGAAUCGUACUGAUUUCUGUGCACAAGUAUUGAAGAAUGAAACUGCUGGCAUAUACUAAGUUUUCAAGUUUUCAAAAAGCACAUGCACACUUUUUUUUUUCAUUUCGUCAUAUCUUAUUUUAAUAUUGUUGUACCUUUUGUUGCAGUUGCAAUAUCCAUGCAACAGCAACACAAUGGUCAUCUUCAUCAUGCGUAUUGUUGCUAACGAAAGUGGACCCUGUAAAUAAACACGACAGACUAAGUGUGAGUGCUGCCAUUUUUACGCUGGCACAGCUUCAGUCUUGAUCAGUGUGGAUGUGCUCAGCCCAGAAAAGAACAAAAAAAAAAAUAUUAAAAGGUAGAAUGCCUAAAUUUAUAUCUCAAUAACUGAGUAAUUUCCAUUCAAAAUUGUAAUUUGCGUGAGUCAGUGAAAUACAGCUUUGGUUUUUGCGUAAAGAUCUGGUAAAAGUAAUCUCAAAAUUCUGGUGCACCGAAGGAUAAGGUAACCUUUGAAAUGUGUCCAAGAUUUAUUUGGUAUAUUACAUCUUACUUGGUAUUACAGAGUACAGUGUCACAUGCCACAGAUGUAGGUCUCAAUUUCCCUGGGUAUUUUGCUGAAUAGUGUUGUUCGCUGCAGGCAUAGGUCUCAUUUGAAGUGAGGAAUAUUUCACACUCAAGAAACGUACAACAUAAUAAAACUGUAACAGCAGUUCACAUUUUGGAGUGUGUAUAUAUAACAUAUCUACAGAACUCAAAUUCAGCUUCAUAGCUGGUGUUAUGACCCUGAGAGAGAGAAUAUGACUGGAGGAAGACCUUGAAGUGCUGCUAAAUUAUUCAAACGGCCUUCAGUGUGAAUAUGUCUGCAAUGACUGGAGUGUCCCUCUCCACAUACAUUCUUUUCAUUUUGUCACAUUGGAUGGCCGCCUUUCGCUGCACUCGAUAUGUAGGAGGCAUUGUUACACAAGUGUGUGCUAGUUAGAUAUAUCCUCGUUCCCACUGACACAGUCCUGAAGUGUCCUAUAGCUGUGAGUGACCCAUUUUUCAAUUCACUGAACUCAAUAAAGAUACUGUACUUAAAUUGAAAAGUUUCUCGCAGUUUACCCAGACAGUCUGCAGAGUACCACGGGAAGCUUUGUAGGACUUCUGGGUUCAGUGUGGCUUAGGAUGGGGAGUACUACGUCCCCAUGGAAUUAGGUUUUGGUAGUGAAAAAAAAUGCUGCAUCCACAGCAACAUGUUUGGUGUAUGACAGUUUGUAAAAAUAAACAUGCAGGUGAUUUAGUCGUUUU